GAAACCGCUGGCUGUGACAACGACCGUCGCUUCCUCCCCCCUACAUCAUCAUCAUCUUCAUCAUCAUCAUCGCCACCAUCAUCACCCGCCUCACCAGCAACAGCAGCUUCAGAUUCAUCGGCGGCAGAAGCGAAGGCAGAGUUGGUUAAACAGUUUGGAGAGGAGGAAGAAGAAGAAGACAAAAAGAAAGAAAACAAAUGGUCUUGCAGACGUCUUGAAGAGGAGCUCCGCUUCACGGGGAGGGAACAUGGGUGAAUGGGAGCUGCAGAUGGACGAGUGCAAGGAUGAGGAAUUCCGACCAAAUCUGCUUUUAUGACACAGACCUCUGCUUCAUCCAACAUCAUUAGGAAUUCAUUAAAGAACACCAGAUAACACUGUUAAAUACCUCACACAUCAUGGAUGCAGCUUCAGCCUCCCUGCAGUUUGGAUCAAAGAAGCGGGUCAAAAUUCACCCAAACACAGUCACAGUAAAGUAUGCCACCCACUUCCCCCAGCCUGGUGACGAAGGGUACGACGAUGCACCCUCUUUUGAGGAUUUUGGUUCUUUUGCAGAGGCAAAUGUUGGAAAGAGACUGGUGUCUGAUGCCAAAGGCAGCAGGACUUUCUUUGGAACCAUGGAGACUCAGCCUAAGCAGCCAAGUGUGCAAAGAGACAAGGGGGUCGAGGGUCAGCUGGCCAGCUUUGGCGAGGCUAAUGUGUUGGCCUCCAGAGUGACCUGGAUGGCCUUGUUUGGGGCAGCAGCAGCUCACGGAUGUGUGGCGCUAAUUACCCGAUUGGCAGCAGAUCGCUCUAAGGUUCCCUCUCUCGAGCUGCUCUUCAUCCGUUCUGUGAUCCAAGUGUUGUCAAUCCUAGUGGUCCUCUACUACCAUGAGGCACCCUUUGGCCCCAAGGGUUACCGGCUCCGUCUCUUCUUCUAUGGUGUGUGCAAUGUAAUUUCUAUCACCUGCGCCUACACAUCCUUUGCCAUUGUACCCCCCAGCAACGGUACCAUCAUGUGGAGAGCAUCCACCACUGUCUUCAGUGCCAUACUGGCUUUCCUGCUCCUGGAUGAGAGGCUGAGCUACACUGAUGUGGUCACGGUGGUGGGAAGUGUGUUUGGCCUGUGUCUAGUCAUGGUGCCUAAUGUAGCUGAUGAGGAGAAGUCCAGGCUAGGGUUUUGGAAGGAGGCAUUUGGCUAUACAAUGACAGUUAUGGCAGGCUUGACCGCCGCCCUCUCCAUGAUUGUCUACAGAGCCAUCAAGGAGCGCGUCACCAUGUGGACUGCACUCUUUACCUUCGGCUGGACAGGCACUGUCUGGGGCGCCUCCACUAUGUUCAUAAUGCAGGAGCCUAUUAUUCCCCUGGAUGGGGAGACCUGGGGCUAUUUAAUUGGGAUCUGUAUCUGCUCCACGGUAGCGUUCCUUGGAGUCUACUAUGCUCUAAACAAGUUUCAUCCAGCCUUAGUUAGCACCGUACAGCACCUAGAGAUCGUGGUUUCAAUGUUUUUGCAGCUGAUCGUGCUGAGGAUGAUCCCCUCAGUGUACGAUGUCAUCGGAGGCCUUGUCAUCAUGGUCAGCGUGUUCACUUUGACCGGGAUCAAGCUGUACAGAGUCAGCAGGGCCAUUCGGCAGGAUUACCAAGAAAUCCUGGACUCGCCUAUCAAAUGAAUCUGUCAGUCCAUCCGUUUACAGUGUUGCUUGGUUGUGCAAUCAAAAGAAUGUCUGAAUCUUCAUCUGAUGAUUUUGUAUUGUUGUGCUGUGAACAGAGUGCCAGUUUGUGUAACUAAAGUGUUAAUAUUUAUGUGUGAAAUAAAAGACAAUUGUAAUAUUGUGACCAUUUCCCUUUCGUAUAGUGAUGCUUUAAUGUCGAAUCGUGCCACAGACUAAAAUGUCAGCAAAACGAGGCACAAGUGAAUUAUGACACCACAAGGUGUUAAUAUAAUCUUCUGUUGUCACACUGCCAAAACUGUGUAAAUGUCAGCCCUGGAACCAUUCAUAUUGUAACAAGGAAUAAAAAAAGAAAAAAAGAAAAUGCUUCACUGAAAGACUUGAUUUGUUGUUAGAGAUAUCUAACAUAUCUGUAAUGUUUUCCUUUAAAAGCCAAAAUAACAAAAGAAUAGAUGGUUCUUACAAACUUUCCAUUUCAAAAAUCCAUAUGCUCCAACUUUAAAUUCUCUCUAGAUUGUUUAUAGUUAGAUAACAUUUGGAACAAAAGUGCAAAAUAUUCUACAAAUUUUCAACUCACCAAGUUAUUAAAGAGCUACUUUUCUGUUUUGUUUUGGCAUAUGGACUUACUUAGGCAACUCUAUCUAAACUCUAAUAACGCAUUUAUUACAGAUUCAUUAAAGUACAGUGACAACUUAAUUGUGCUUGUGAAAAUAAAAAGUGAAUGUCAAAUCAUGGGAUGCAGUAGCCUAAAAAGCAGUGAAAAAUAAUUAUGUUUUACCUCAAAAUAUGAAUACUCAAUUUUUUUGUAUACGUUCAAACAAUCCAAAUUCAACACUUUUCAGAACUCCACAGAAACUAUGUAAAAUUGGUUUACAUAAAUAUUUUUCAGAAUUACAUUAGAUUCAUUAAGGCAAAUCCAAAAAUAGGAGAGAAAAACCCAAACUAGAAUAAAUGACUAGAGCAAUUUAUUCUGUUCAAACUACAUCUCCAACCCCAUUAGCCAGUUUAUAUUUGACAAACGUGAUUUUCUUUCUGACUGUGGCUUCUGUUUACUCUCAGAUGUAUGUCAAACUAAUGCCCAGAGGCAAGUGCACCGAAUUGAAUUAAAGUCCCCCUUGAACAAU